AUGAUUUACGAUCAACAAGAAUAUGUAUUUAAUCAAACAGCUGAUUUUGAUACAGUUCAACAAAUAAAAGAAAAACUUUGUUAUGUUGCUCAUGAUCUUGAUGAAGAACGACGAUUAGCAUUAGAUACAACUGUUUUAGUUGAAAGUUAUACAUUACCUGAUGGUCGAACAAUAAAAUUAUCUGGUGAACGAUUUGAAGCACCUGAAGUUCUUUUUCGUCCAUCAUUAUUAGGCAUGGAAGUAAAUGGUGUUGCUGAAUUAGUUUUUAAAGUUAUUAAUAGUGCACCAUUAGAUGAUCGACGUAAACUUUAUAAACAAAUUGUACUUAGUGGUGGUACAACAAUGUAUCCAGGUUUUGGUACACGUCUUGAAAGAGAAUUAGAAAAAUUAUAUGAAGAUCGUAUUCUUAAAGGACAAGCAGAUAAAUCAGCUAAAAAUGUUAUUUGUAUUGAAGCUCCACCACGUCGUAAAAAUAUGGUCUUUUUAGGUGGUGCUGUUUAUGCUAAUUUAGUUAAAGAUACACCAACUCAAUGGAUAUCAAGACGUGAUUAUCAUGAACAUGGUAUUGAUCGAUGUGUACAACGAUUAAAUCAGAUAUGUCCACGAUAA